AUGUCGAUGCCGGGCGCCUUCUCCCCCGAUCUGCUACCCUUCGAACCAGACUCCAAGAAGGACGAUUCUUCCUCUGCCGCCGUCAACCCGCCGCCUCUCCGUCUCAACCAACCCUCCGACGCCUUCUCCCUCCACACAAACGACCCCUACUACGAUGACAUUGCCACAGCCUCGUCUUCAAAUGCUGGCGACCUGCCCCCGUCCUACACUGACGAACCCUCGUCGCUCGACCCAAAACACAACAUAACCACCACCGUGACCCCGCUCCUGGCAGACGAGUCCGGCCACUCCCCGCUCCUCUUCCGCAGGGACCCCGACACCGGUGCCGAAAUCCACUGUUCACGCCGCCUUGAUACCGACCCGGCCUUUCUCGAAUCCCACAUCACCUCUCUUGCCCAGUCGCCACCAAGACCCUACCUGCGUGUCCGCGGCACCCACACCGAGAGCAUCCGCAAGCGGGACGAUAAGACGGAGAGCAAGACCGUCGUCGACUUUGACGUCCGCGUCGAACUCACCCCUUACCUCUAUCGCGACAUCGCCACCCGACGCUCGUGGCGCGAGCUCCGCACCGCCGACAACUUCCAAAAGGUUCGCCGCGGUACCGUCUUUCCUACCCGUGCCCCGGGCUUCGGCGGCAGGUCGUCGGGUGCUCGAGGUGGUGCUGCGGGUGAGGAGGUGAGCAAGGAGCCGCCCACUCUGCGGGAGUGGUGCCAUCGCUACUGCGCCUCGCACGCAGGGCUCAAGACCUUUUCGCUCCUACGCACCGUGCCGGGAUUCGACGAUGACGAGCGCCUCAAAACCCGUCUCGAGGACCUGGUCCGCGCCACCAACUACCGCGGCCGUAUUGACGUCUCCUUCCCCGUCCAUGAUGCCAGAGUCGACAUCUACAAUACGUGCCGCGUCAACCGCUGGCGCUACACCACCUGGGUUUGCUGGCUCUUCUACCUGACCUUCCUCUGGGUCUUUGCGUGGCCCUACCUCUUCUUCCGUACCAAGCGCUUCGAGGUCGUCGAGGCCGAGUGGGCCUUUUCCCGACGCCGGAGAGAUCCCCAGACCGGGAGAGCAGCGGGCGGCAGAGAGUAUGUCAGCCUGUCAGAGACCGACCUGUACAACAUGUGGGGACGGGCCAUCUCCAAGGCCGUGCUGGAAAGAAGGCAGGGCGAGCUGGACCAGCGUGAUCUGCGAGAUGCCGAAGGGCGACAGGAUACGAGCUUCGAAGACGUCCUCGCGGGGAUCGACCAGGAGACGACGAGAGGGCUCGUGAGGGCUGGCGUGAAGCCAGCAUCCACAACCCUCGCAGGCACAACGCACAUCCUCCCCAUCAAGACGAGCUACUACACCGCCGACGUGCCCAUCUGGCUAGACCUCGUCGCCUCCCCGGCCGAAUGGUCCGCGUCUUUCCUCUCGCCCGAGGCCAAGGAGGUACUUACCGUGCUGGGCGGGUUGGCUGUUGUUUUUGCCCUGCCUUCUUCUUCUUCUUCUUCUUCGUCUUCUCCGGCCUCCGCGGCCCCGGCUUCAACAUCGGCACCAUCACCAGCGUCAGCAGAUGCCACCACCGCCACGACAGCACCGAAUCCGCCUUCGGUAGAAGACACCCGCGCGCUCAUCGCCGAGGUCGGCAAGGUCGUUCGCGAGGGGCUUGGCGGGUGGGGAUGGGACGGCGUCGGGUUGGGCAUCGGGGUCGGGGAGGGGGUGGCGGACGAGUGGGAGGAUCUUUGCGCGGAAUGGGGGCUUGAGUUUGUGCAGGUUCGUGGGGGGAAGAAGGAUGAUGGUCGAAACGAGUUUGGAGAGAAAAUGGGCGUAGCAAGAGCCCUCGAGGCACUCGAAUCCAACGACUGGGAUGCCGCAGACGACAUGGACGGCCCCUCAGAUCUCGACUCGGACGAUGACACCGCCAGCACUCUACCCAGGAAACCCAGACCCCUAGCAGACGGCAACGGCGACGACGACGAGUUUGACCUCGACGACCCAGAGAACCUAGAUUUCGGCUUCGACAGAGCGGAUUUCGAAGGCUUGAAAAAGGCGAUUUGGAACCUUGAGCAGGAGCCGGAAGAUGAGGAAGCUGGAGCGGAACCGGGGAAAGCAGCGAGCGGAAGCAAUGGCGCUGCUGCUACCGCCGAGGACCCGAACGCGAAGAAGAAGAAUAAUACAAAGGGCGACGAAGAAAAGGAGGAUCUGGACGCCGAGGACGUGGAGAAGAUUGAGCAGAUGAUGCGCAAGCUGCAGGCUGUCAGGGAUCUUAGUGCGGGUCUGCCUGAAGACCAGAGGCGGAGGAUGGCGAAGAAGGCUGUCGGGGAGGUGAUGAAGGAGCUUUGA